GCGCUUGCCUUUGCCCCGCCCCUUGCCUUGUCCCGCAGCCGCCCUAAACGCUAAACAGAAUGGCGGCUCUUUUGGAAUCGCUCAUGUUGCGUAAAGUGGACAUCAAUACUGUCUUGGGCUGGUUGAAGGAUGUUGAGGGAGCUGAUUAUCAGUCCUUCACUGAACCGGAGUUUACAGUUCAGAAACUGGAAUUUGUCCCUUUCCUCUUAAAUUUCCUGAGAGAACAGAGCAGCCAAGUACUCACCAAUGGACCUGCCACUCCAGCUAAGACCCCUAGUCACCCCAGACCUGCUGCAAGGACUCAAGGCUUCAGUGACAAGCUGGCCGGCAGGUCUACGAGUUCUGGUGCUGGUUCUCGGAGUGCCAGCCGUGUGCAGCUGUUUUCUCCAGCCCCCUCGGUGUCACCAGGAAGUGAGUCCGAAGCUGCUGGUCCUUCAGGUUUGAGUGGUGUGAGUGCCUUCAGUAGCCCCUCCUUUUCUUCAACACGGACUCCAUCGCCCAGGCUACCAUGCUCUGAGCGCAGAUGCGGCCAGAGAGUCAGUCUUGGAGACUACAUGUUUUCUCCCCCUGAGAACAGUCCAAACCACCAAUCUCAUAAGGGGCGCAAAAAGGGUGGUGGUAGCACAGCAGUGGGAGGUCAGCUGAGACAUGAAGGGGGGCGUGGAGAUCUUCACAGUAAUGAAGCAGGGCGAUGGGAGGCUGGUGGGAGAAGAUCUGCAAGAGGGGUAGGAGGAGGGCACACCCGGAUGGGUGAGCAGGUUUCCCCUCCGUUUGCUGGCCAGCUCAAUCUAAAUAACCUGGAGGACUUCCCUCCUGUUGGAUCCUCACCCAUCUCCCCCGCGACAUCAAAACCAUCAAGAAGAAUAAACCCAACACCAGUCAGCGGAGAUCGCCCACACUCUAAACCAAAAACGUGUUUCACGUCCACCCCGUUCCAGAAAGCUUCCAGCCCGCUGUUAGAAACAGAGGCGAGUGACGGAUUGAUGACCGCGGGCAGUUCUAUGCGCCUGAAAGAAGAACGGGAGUUACUCAAGCGAGAGAAGACAAAGCGAGCCCAGCAGGUGGCCUCUCCUCUGCUGUCCGCUCUGGACCCCUGCACCCCCACCAAGACCGGUGCUAGAACAGGAUCUAAAGUGACGUCAGACAUGCCGACAUCUCCCGAACCUUCGAAAGUCACGUUCUCCUCAGAGCUGGAUGUUCUGGUCGAACUGUACUGCACCUGCAUUUCUGAAAACUUGGUGCCAAACAUUUUCCUGGAGCUCUUCUUUGUGAUGCAGCUGCUAACGUCUUGGGCUCAUCACACACACGACAACGAAGAGCAGAAAAGCUUGUGUGCAGCAAAUACAGAGGUUCUAGAAAGGUGUUACCUGAGACAGGUGCACAAUUGUGUCUAUUUUGCUGUGAAGGUCUUGGAGAAUCAGUUUCAGCUGAUCGCUCAUUUGGACAAGUGCACGUUGCGUCUGCUGGCGGAGAAUGAACGAGUGGCUUGUUUCUCUCCGGAUCUGAGGGACCGUCUCACUCAGGCUCAGGACAGAAGCACAGCCAAGCUGUCUCCUUCAGCAUCCACGUUCAUUCACUCAGUCCCGUUCCAGCCUGCUACUGACAACCGUUCUAACUUUUUCAGUGACAAGGCCUUCCACACCUUUAAGAAGCAAAGAGAUGUUUUUUACGAGGUGUUGCGAGAAUGGGAGGACCUUCACAAAGAGCCAGGCUGGAGCUUUGAUGCUGCACUUGGAGGCAGAAUCAGAGGAAUGAUGAGUCAGCUGACCUCUGCAGGAAAUCAUUCCCAUUUUGCCCGCCUGUUUUUGAAGCAGCUUGUUCAGGUGUGUAAAGGCCCCCGUCCGAGCAGCUCUUCCGUAGAUGCGGCCGACGCCGACUUGCUCGGCAUGCUGGGAGCUGACAGCCUGGGUCGCCUCAAGCGUCUGGAAGAGCGACUCAUUCAGCCUCACGGAGUCGUCGGUCCCUGUCCUCCUCCGUCUUUUCCUGGUCACCAAGAGUUCUUCAGAGACUUUAUACAAACAGCUAGCUGUUGCCAGCUGAACCAGCAUCUACAGGACAGCUUGUGUCAGCAGCUCCUCCAGCUGGAUGAGGUCUCCAUACUGAGUCCUGCUGCUCCCAUCGGGGAUGGAGAGGAAGAGGAGGAGGAGGAAGAUGGAGACAUGGAGCAGCAGGAUGAGAAGCAGCGGUUCUCCUCGGUGCUUCUCCUGGCUCGUCUUCUUGCAAAAUUCCUGGGAUUCAUCUCCUUUUUCCCCUAUCAAACCUCUGGGAGGCCAUCCAGAGAUAUUCAGGAGACGUCCGUAGCUCUGCGCAGCAAGAGCCUUCCGGUGCUGGAUGUGUGCGCUGUGUUGAAUAACAGCAUAAGGAGGAAGCGCACCAUCUUGACGGUGCCCUGGCUGGUGGAGUUCCUCUCCAUGCUGGACUUCAUCGGGCCGCUGCUGCUCUGCUACCGGACCACUCUGGGUUCUCUGCUUCUCCUCUACAGGAAGCUGCAGCUGAACAGAAGUGAGGAAAUGUGUUACCUGAACAAGCUUCUGCUGGUGUCUGUUUUAGGGUGGCUGUUCCAGAUUCCAGUGAUUCCUGAGGAUAUUUUCCUCACCUGUGAGUUCACUGCAGCCAUCAGGGAGGCGGAUGGUGUCACCGGUUCUGCAGGACUUGACUGCAUUCCUCUGGUGGAUCAGCGACUUCUUUACACGUGUUGUCCAUUUCUUGGUGAGUUUCGUAAGCUGCUGGCUGCUUUUGUGUCCGGCAGCACAGCCAGAAGUGGAGGAAUUAUUCGUAAAAUCACCCCCACUUCUGCUGAGCUCAAAGACACGCCAACCGCCAUGAGAUCGCAGCAGAAACUACAGGUGGAUCUGGAGCAAGCCUUCUUUCACAACCAGCCGCCGUCGUUGCGCCGCACGGUGGAGUUUGUAGCCGAGAGGGUUGGAUCCAACGCCGUCAAGCACAUGAAAGCUACGUUGGUACGAGAGCUGGUGGAGCGAGGAGAGAAGAUGCUAAGGGAUGGUCUGGAGUCGCCAAACUCAAAUGCCUCAAUGCUGAAUGAAUCCAUCUGUGCUCGGCUGUGUGAAGCCGGUUUGGAGGCCCUGGCGAAAGCCACCAAAUAUUGCGAUGAGAAGAGCCCUGAAGCCAUACGUGUGCUGCUCCCCGAUGAGACGACACCCACGGUGCUGACUACGUCUGAAAACAUCACCAAACGUCUUGCUGCAGAAAAGGCGUGUGGCUGGCUCUCUGCCAACAUAACAGCUCUUGUAAGACGGGAGUGGAGGAGCAAGUAUGAUCGAGUGAUCAAGGUCCUCGGAAGCCCCGCGGCUGCCGAUCCUGCAGACGUAGACGGCGUUGUGGCUGAACUGGUCCACCCCGAAGAGUCGACUACCCCCAAGAAGAAACAAGGAAGUGAAAGAGUGAUGUGCUGCCCUCCUCACUGUAAACACAACUCUCCUCUACCCUCAGACAUCCUUAUUGAGAUUAAGGAGCUGCUGAGCGUCGCCGUAGGCCCCAGGACUGAUGACGAGCUGCCGACUAGCUCUCACCUUAGAACUCUUAUACACGGAGUAGGAGACACGCUGACCUGCAGAAAGUUCCUGACAUCUACAUCUGAACAGAUGCUUCUGAACUGCACCGUGCUACUGGCCUGCAAACUGGUGUCUGGAGAGCUGCCCGUGCGUUGUUUGUCGCUGCGCAGCGAACAUGGCGGGGUCGUUGUCGAUAGCGGCUCAGGGUCAGAGCCUCCCAUGUCAGAACUACUGGAGCAGCUUGCAGAGCUGUGGGGAAGAGACUGCCGUUUGUCCUCCCCUCUUCAUCAGCUCUUCACCCCUCUCACCAUCACUGCUGUGCUGAAGGCCGGCAACACGGAGAGGACCAACUACCUGUUACUUGUUCGAAAGCUGGUUGACAAAGGAAUCUUGAGUGAGGAAGAGGUCAUUUCUCAUUGGAUAAAACUGACAGACUCGACCUUGCCAGCGGAACUCAUAGAGAAUUUUCAGCUGCAGUCAAAAGGAGAGAAAGUCCUCCCGCCUCUGUCGGAGAUGCAGAAGUGCAUUGACACGAUGCAGAUCUCACAUCAGACGCUAGAGGGCGCAACAUGACAGCAGGACUUCCCGUGUGAAUGAGAUCACCAUGGUGUCUUGUUUCACUUUUGCACAUGCAUGAUCCAAGAGGGAAACGCAUCUCACUGAUUUCUGUUUUCAUUUUACACGCACAACUUACCAAAACUGUUUUACGUCAACCUGGAGAAACUUCAGACUUGUUUACCAGCAACGUAGGAGUGCCCUGUCAGUCAAAGCUCACUUUUCAUAUGAACUCCUCUCUUCUAAACAAGGUGAUCAGUUGAUAAAAUAUAGCAGAUGAAUUAGCACCUUCACACACUGCCUUUGACCUUAACUAGUGAAUGCAUGUUUAUUUCAUAAAUGAUACAAUGCGUUUGUAAUCCAUUUUGUUCAUGUUGAACUGCAUUUCCUGCAUCUUUCAGGCCGAAAUGUUUUAUGAGAAAAAUAAAAUAUGUAAUAAAGAUUUGUUCUGA